CUUUGUAUUUAUACUUUUAUUUUGAUUUAUUUGAUCUAUUUUAGAAAUUUUAAAUUUUGCCGUAUAUUAUAUUAAUCGUAUAAUAAUUUUAAUAGUGUUUAUCAUAAUUUGUUUCCUUGUAUUUAAGGAAUCUUUGAAAAAACUAAAACUAUUUGUUGUAUUUUUCACAAACCCUAAUUUAUGGUUAGUUUUGGGUCUCUAAAGACUCGUUUUUCUGUAUGUAAUUGUCAACUGUCUUUACCUUUGUAUCUUCGGUCUAACAAUUUUGGUUAUCAUUAUACUGGAUAUAAGAGUAUAUCUGCAUCAUCUAGGCUAUUCAACUUUAUAAAUCCCCAAGAUGUUGGAAUUAAAAGAUAUUUUAACACUGGAUUUUUUCCAAAAUUAGGAAUUUUUGACUCACAUUUGGCCAGUAAAAUUCAACCACAAUGUGUAGGCGUACCUUUUUCAUUCAAGUCUAAAAAUAACUUUUCUACUUCUAGUGAAGGCAGAGUUACUUGGGAGGACCACGAAGAAAUAGCUGAACUCUUGUAUACGGAAUUUAAGUCAACAAAUCCCCUAACCCUAAGAUUCACUGACUUACACGAGAUGGUGGAAGCUGUAGUUAGAAAACAUCAUUUUUGCGAAAUUUCAGGAGAGUGCUCAGAAGGGGCACUGGAACAGAUUCAAAUGACAUGGCUAGAACUUUAUGAACAAGACUAA